CCAAAGCGUCCGAAUCCUAAACAUAAUGAUGAUUCCAGCAGGACCCAGACUGAAACAGAUCAUUUUUGGAAGAUCGCAACAAAGAAUUUGUCUGAUGUAAUGUCACAAUAUUGCGCCAUUUUCCUGCAAGUAAGACAAGAAAAUUGAGUAAAAGUUAACCAUAAAAUGAGAAUGUUCUGAGAACAUAAGCCGGCGUUAUAACUUAGAAGCGACACAAAGGAGUAAGCUGGCAAGAUGGAUGGGCUGCAGACAGAGUACCAUCGACUUGAGUCCACAGAUGAUGCAGACCAUGAUGAGCGAAAUGUCAUGCUGCAUGUUACCGAUGACAGCGGAAAAGCUCGCUGGAACCACAUAGAAAAUCUGGACGAAUUCUUCACGAGAAUCUACCAUUAUCAUCAGAAGCAUGGCUACCUGUGCAUGAUGUUGGCUCAGGUAUUUGAGUUAGUGCAAUUUGUGUUCAUCGUCCUGUUCUCCAUGUUUCUGCUACGAUGCGUCGAUUACAGCAUCUUGUUUGGGGAUACAAAACCUGAAGGCGUUACCAAGGUAGCGCUGUCAGACGCCUUUAUGCCGCUUAAUCAGUGCUCUAAAGAUCCUCCAGCAGCGUUGGUGAUUUGUGUCAUCAUAGCCGGUAUCUUCUGGAUUCAUCGAGUUAUACGAUUUGUCUACAACGCUCUGCACUACUGGGAGAUCAGAGCUUUCUAUCGAAUAGCCCUCAAGAUAUCCGCUAAGGAUCUGCUAAACCUGACCUGGCAUGACGUGUUGAAACGCGUACAGGAAGUCCAGAAAGAACAGCGAAUGUGCAUACACAAAGCGGAACUCACAGAACUGGAUAUCUACCAUCGUAUUCUCCGAUUCAAGAACUACUCCAUUGCCAUGAUCAACAAAUCUCUGCUGCCGUUGCAUCUGACAGUACCAUUCCUAGGAGAAAUGGUGAUAUUAACAAACGGACUGAAAUAUAACCUGGAGAUGAUUUUAUUCUGGGGGCCAUGGGCUCCGUUUCAAAACUACUGGCAUCUUAAGGAAGAGUACAAACGUGCUGCCAACAGAGAGGAACUUGCCAGACAAUUAUCCAAGCACAUCCUGUGGAUAGCUCUCGCCAACUUCAUCCUGUUCCCCUUCAUACUGCUCUGGCAAAUACUCUACUCAUUCUUCAACUACGUGGAUCUCAUCAAAAGAGAGCCUUCUACAUUAGGAACGCGUAGAUGGUCGCUGUAUUCCCGUCUGUACGUGAGACACUUCAAUGAGCUAGAUCAUGAAUUCCAAGCAAGAUUGAACCGUGGUUAUCGUCCAGCCAAGAAAUACAUGAACUCUUUCACCUCCAACAUACUUGCCAUUAUCUGCCAGAACGUAGCAUUCUUUGCUGGGUCCAUUCUUGCCGUGCUUGUCAUCCUUGUCGUGUACGAUGAAGACGUCUUGACAGUGGAACAUGUGCUCACAACCACUACGCUACUUGGCGUGAUCAUCACUGUCUGCAGAACCUUCAUACCGGAUGAGAAUUUGAUAUUUUGUCCGGAGACCCUGAUGCAGAGCAUACUGGCUCAGAUCCAUUACAUCCCGGAUUCCUGGAAGGGUUGCGCUCAUUCUUACAGAGUCAGAGAUGAGUUCUCACAACUCUUCCAGUACAAGGCCUCCUACUUCCUCGAGGAGCUCCUGAGCCCCCUCCUGACUCCCCUUAUCCUACUCAGGCUACGAGGCAAGGCGCUAGACAUCGUGGAUUUCUACCGCAAUUUCUCCGUCGAUGUAGUCGGCGUUGGCGACGUGUGUUCGUUUGCCCAGAUGAACAUCAGAACGCACGGUAAUCCCAAGUGGAUGACAGAAGGCAAAUCUGACGCUACCCAAUACCAACAAGCAGAGGACGGCAAGACAGAACUCUCUCUGGUGCAUUUCACGAUGACCAAUCCAAAAUGGCAGCCCCCACAGGAGAGUAAAGUCUUCAUCAAUGCUCUGAAAGAACAAGCCCAGAAGGAUGUCCAUCUCUUGAACACAGUUGAGGCUGAGAACACAGCCCUGGCAACAUCGUUAAGAUCACUCUCGUCUCUAGAAGGAGGGUACAGCAGCAUACUUGGCAGCCUAGCAGUCCAGCAGGGCAUGAGCAGCCUGCCGCCCACCUUCAUGCCCCCUCUAGGCACCCCCAGGGGUAUUGAGAGCAUGAUGGCCAGGGGGUCGGCUAACACCAAGGUACGGGGGGCUGUCUCUAGCACCGAAGGUCCACUGGACGGUGAAUCGUCGGGACUGCUUGCUAGUGUGACAGGUUCAGGUCCCCUCCAGACCAGCCUGGGCCCACUGAGUGAGGAGAACACGCAGAUGUCUAUGGUCACCACGAUGGUAUCACCUCAAUGCAUCGACAGCACCAGCGAUAUGAACUUCAGCGCUCUCUAUAUGCAUCAGCUCCAUGAUCGUCGCGUAGCACUUGCCGACUCCCACACUGCUUCCCAGAGUUCACCUGUGGACGGCGUCGACAAUGACGAAGAAGCCAGACAUCACUGGGGUUUGGAGACAGGCCCUUCACCAACCUCCCUCCCCAAAGCCCCCGGUCCACUCGGAGAAGAGGUGUUCCACUCACUACCGGGGCUGUCCAGUCUGCCGACAGUUGUGGAGGGGAACCUGGUGGACACUGCAGAGAAUGACGUCAACGUGUAGGAACGUGGGCGUUAGAAUACUUGCAGAGUGGUCAGUACGGAUAUUAACAGGAGUGAAUUGUUGAUCGGAGAAGAGACCA